AACAUCAAAUGACAAAUGCAACCAUUACACGCUAUGAGCUCGUUUGAUUUGUGUAAAGUGAACCCCCAUAGUGUGAUCCUACUGUAUCGUGAUAAAAUCAAAUUUUUAGAUUUAUAUGCGUAUUAAAUUGAUGCUUAUGUAGUAAUAUAUAUUACCACUUAAAUCAAUAUUUGCUUAAUUAUUUUUAUGAAAUUUGUUAUUUAUCUUUCUGUGGUUAAUUAAACAUGUAACAAAUGCAUUGUUUUAAUACGUAUUGGCAACAGUAAUGAAAAUCUACUAUAAAGUAGUGCAAUGAACAUGCACUUACAUUUCUUAUUAACUCGUUUUCUUAAUUACGCAUUGUUAUAUAAAAUGUACAUAUAAAAAAGAAAAAUAUAUAUAUUUAUAAAUAUAUAUAUACAUAUAUAUAUAUUUAUAUGAAUAUAUGUACACAUCUAUAUUGCACAUAACAUGUAACUGUGAACAUAAUAUUACACGUAAGACCGAAUGCAUGAAUAGAACAUGUUCCUUCAAAUUCUCAUGAAAGAUUGCCUUUGUUUUUGGUUAUGACAAUUAUGAAAUUAUGCAAAAUUCAAGGAACACACUUAACAUGAAUUAGAACAAUAAAAAUGGUUAUAACAAAGAGUCACUCAAUAAGUAGAUCAUCUAGUUGUUUACGAAAAUAUCGAGUACUUUUUCUAUUUGGUAUUACUGUGCUGUGUAUACAAAUUUAUUUAGCACAUACGUUUUUUGGUUUGGAAAUUCGAAAUCGAAAAUCUAGUCGGUUGUCUUCAGGAGAGGAUGAUGUAUCUCAACUUGAAGAAGAUGAAGGUUUACCAAAAGGUUUGCGUCAAUUGAAGCUUCCACCUGAUAAGCAAACAAAUGGGAAUAAGGUUUUACAAUCUCAGCGAAACCAAACUACUAGAAUAAAAUUAGAUCAUAAAUUAUUAAACUUUAUACCAUCUUGUGAAUUUAAUGGCAGAGAAGCAGUGAGUGCUGUAACACGUGCCCAAAGCCAAACAUGCAAACAGCGCAUUGUCAAUGUGACGUGCCUUAAUCAACAAGGAUUAUUAUAUCCAGAAAGAAUACAGUCUCUAUGUCCUCAGUCUCCAGGAUUUAUAGAGAAACCUGUCAGUUUGGGAUGUUUUAAAGAUGAUAAAACAUUGCGUGUACUCUCUGGUUAUUAUCAUGUUUUUAAAGGGAACAAUUCUCCAGAUCGUUGUGCUUUCUUAUGUCUACAGUCAGGAUAUUCAUAUGCUGGGACAGAAUAUUCUGUCGAAUGUUUCUGUGGAAUAGAAAAACCGCCACAACUAAAACGACUACCAGAUUCUAGUUGUAACAUGAAGUGUCCUGGUAAUCCAAAAUAUUCUUGUGGAGGAUAUUUGACUAUUAAUGUAUUUUGGACUGGAAUUCAAAGAUUCAAAGCACAGGAAGCUAGAAAUGCAAGUACAGAAAGUGAGAAUGAGAAAUCUGUCCGUAUAGCUUAUUUACUAACAGUAAAUGGCAGAGCGAGUCGACAAGUUAAACGACUUAUUAGUGUUCUUUAUCAUCCUUCACAUUUAUUUUAUAUCCAUGUUGACGCGAGACAAGAUUAUCUCUAUAGAGAAAUGUUAGAAGUGGAAAAAUCUUGUAAAACAAAUAAUAUUAAAAUAGCAAGAGGAGAAGGAUUACGGCAUGCAAGCAUUUGGGGAGGUGCAAGUCUUUUAACAACUUUUCUAAAGUCUGCAGAACAAAUGCUUGCGCAUCAUCAUCAUUGGGAUUUUCUUGUGAAUUUAUCAGAGUCUGACUUUCCUAUAAAAAGUAAUGCACAAUUAGUUCAAUUCCUGAGUUUAAAUAAAGGUAUGAAUUUUGUAAAAUCGCAUGGGAGAGAAGUUCAACGCUUUAUCACUAAACAAGGUUUAGAUAAAACUUUUGUGGAAUGUGAAACUCGUAUGUGGAGAAUAGGUGAUCGAAAGUUACCAAAUGGUAUUCAGAUAGAUGGUGGUAGUGAUUGGGUAGCUUUAAGCAGAGAUUUUGUGGAGUAUGUUGCUAAUUCAAAUCCAGAUGCAUUAGUGACCGAUCUUUUAAAAGUGUUUAAAUAUACUUUACUUCCGGCUGAAUCCUUUUUUCAUACAGUGUUACGUAAUUCUAGAUUUUGUAAUACGUAUAUAGAUAAUAAUUUACAUGUUACCAACUGGAAAAGAAAAUUGGGUUGUAAAUGUCAAUAUAAAGCUGUAGUUGAUUGGUGUGGCUGUAGUCCAAAUGAUUUUAAACUUGAGGACUUUAGUAGAAUUCGGAAUACCAUUGAUCGGAAUUUAUUUUUUGCUCGAAAAUUUGAAUCUAUUAUUGAUCAAAGAAUUAUAGACAGAGUAGAAGAAUGGUUAUACCCUGAAAAAAUAAAUGAAACCGUCAUAGCUAAAGGUUAUGAUGCAUAUUGGCAAAGUUUGUAUCAUACAGCAGAUUUGAGUCCUUUGACCGAUGAUGCACAACUGACUGUUGCAAAUUCCUUAGCCAGAUUAGUUUUUAAUAAAUUGAAAAUAAAUUACAAAGAUAUUCAUCUCCUAGAAAUAACUGCUUAUUUCAAACAAAAUCAAUUUAUUGGUAUAUUAAUCCAUGCGGAGGCUGCAAUAAAGCAGACAGUAGUUCAACAAAAACUUAUGCAACAGAUAGAAACUUUAGUCUAUUUAAGACAUAACUUUUCUACUAGUAGAGAAUGGUUAGGAAAAAUACAAAGUUUGUCAGUAAAUACUGAUUAUGAUCAAAAGGAAAAGACAUUUAGAAAUCUAAUGGGAAGUAUAGGACCAUACUCAUACCCAAUUUUAUCAUACGAAUUUGAUUCUGGAAUUACAACACCACAAAAUUUAUCAAUACUGUGGGUGGACCCAUAUGGACGAUUAGCGGAUAUUAAUUACAUACAACUUGAAGAAAUGACAUUAACAGGGUAUGUCAAACCACAGUUCAGUGAACACCUGGUUGUAGGUACAUGGCAUUUAUUUUUAGUUACUGACUCUGUAUCAGUAGCGAAAAUGAAGUUUUUAGUAACUCCAUUAGGAUACUGGAAGAAUAAAAAAAUUGAACAAGAAAAAGCUAAAACAGUAAAUAAUGCAUCUGGCGAUAGUUACGAUGUUACCGAAGAAAUGAGCAAAAAGUGGUCACAUUUGUUACACUCUGUAAAUUUUCGUGAACGAACUGCAUAUAGUAAUACUGGUGAUGAAAAUAACGUCAAUUCUAAUUUGGAUCAAUGGAUAGACAAAUUAGUACAGGAACAUUAUGAAAUUGAUAAAAUAUGUGAUGCUAAUGUUGUCACUAAUUCUGAACUAAAAGUACAGAGGUGUAUUAAUACUCAUUGGAGCUCAUUGAGCCCAGAUUCAAAGGCUGAUAUCAGUAAUUUAUGUUAAAAGUAUGAAUUAGUUUGUUAAAUAUGUGCCAUUUUCAACACUUUUAAACUUUAACAUAAAAUCUACUAAACACGCAUAAGGUUAAUAAUUUUUUUAGAUAUUUUUAUAUCAAGUAAAUACUAUAUGUAUAUAUACGUAUUCAUAAGAGUAUUUUAAAAGUAUACUACAUCCUUUAAAAUUAAAGAACUCUUCUAUAACAAAGAUAAUUUUUUCACUUUCCUUUGUAUAUUCUAUUCUAAUUAAUUUAAACAUGACGAAAAAAGUUUUCUUAUAUGAUUGUUUUAGUGUAUGCAGAGCCUACCAAGCCUGAUUCCUACAUUAUUAAUUGUACUAAAACAUGCGGAAGAUAUACAAACUUCUUUUGAGCAUUUAACAUAUCUAAAUGCAAAAUUAAACUAUGUUACAAGAUUCAACUUUAAUAUAAUAUUUCUAUUUCGAUUAUUAAUAUUAUUCAUAAUUUUUAUUUAAGACAAUAUUGAAUACUAUUUCUUUGUUAUGAUAAUAUCAUUAUUAUGUAAUUACUACUAUUUUAUGUUAUAUCAAUUGUAACUAUAGUUUCCAUAUAUAUUUACAGUGUUUAUAUAAUAUUUAUAA